AUGAUACAUAGCCUCUACACUCUACUUUGCAUUCUUCUCUCCCAAAUCGACAAUAUGAGCUUCCACGAAUCUGCUACCCACAUCGAGCUUGAGGAUGGUCACAUCCUCAAGGCUGUUCUUCGCAACGAGGAUGGUGAUGAGGAGGAGUCCACCAUCGAUCUCAAUGAUCACAUCGGGAACGACAAUGGUCAAUUCCACUGGGAUGGCGGUGACUUCCACUCCUCCGCGGACGAUGUCCGAUUUGAUCGCGAAGGAGACGAUGGCGUCCCUGUUCUGCGUGCUACCUUGCGCGAUGUCGAUGGCGAGGGACACGAUGCGGAUAUCAACCUGGCCGAGCGCAUUGGGAAUGAUAAUGGACACUUGGUCUUCAACUAG